AUGGAGACGGUGGGAGAGAUAGACCGCCAAGACGAACGAACACCAUUGCUUCAGCACAAUGGCUCCCAAUCACCACCAGAAUAUCAACGUCGUUCUUCAACUACUAGCAAUGUGACGAAUCCUCUGGAAACACCAAUUAUCGACUGUGAAGCUGGAUCUUCUAGUACCCAUAACACUUCCCGUCGCCGCCUUGUUAUCUUAAUCAGCUUCGUCCUUGGAAUGUUCGUGUUAGAAUCAGGGGACCAGCUUUUAAAACCUGCUAUGGUCCGGAUAUACGAAGAUACAAUAUGUAGGAAUUACUAUGCUACUCAGCAGCACGAACUGUUUCCUGCUGGCGAGGACGUCCCGGAAGAAAAAUGCAAAAUUGCACCUGUUCAGACAGAACUAGCAUUCAUAAGAGGGUUAGAGCCAGUAUUCGAUGCUAUCCCAAGUCUCCUAGUAGCAAUUCCCCUUGGAAUGAUUGCUGAUAAUCAAAAAAUCGGACGGAAGCCUGUUUUCCUGGCUGCACUGAUGGGUCCAUUCUGCCAAAUGAUUUGGGCCAUCAUCGUUAAUAGAUUUUCGGAUAUCUUUCCUAUCAGAUUUGUAUGGUUCGGAUCACUGUUCCUCAUCACUGGUGGACUUAGUGUAAUCAAUGCACUUCUAUACACAAUGAUAAUUGAUGUGACCACCCCCUCGGAAAGGGCAUCUACGUUUUUUACGAUGCAGCUUGUCGGGUCAUAUGGUCCGGGACUUAUAAUGCCAUUGAUAACAACUAAGAUUAUGGAAAGUUCAGGAAACUGGACGUCUGUCGCCUGCGGUAUAUCUCUGGUGACCUGCGGCUAUAUCAUGAUGUCUACAGUCCCUGAAACAAUCAAUUUUCACAAUUCCGAUAAGGAUGCUCAACCUGAACCUACCAUAGAUACUACAGCUGCAGAAUCAGAUAGCAUAAACUCGGAAUCCACUAUCCCCCCCGAAAAGCAAAGCAUCUGGUUACGGUGUAAGGCUCAACUCGGUGAAUUCGUCGACUCCUCCAGCUUUGUUUUUCACAGCCCACACCUUAGGAUUCUCGUCUGCUCACUUAUGAUGUGCAUGUUAUCUCUCACCCGCGCUCUGGAAACAUUAUUAUACUACGCAUCCGCUCGAUAUGGAAUCACUAUUGCGAAGGCCAACCUUUUAAACACAGUUAAUGCAGCUGUAUGCAUGAGUGUACUUUUCUGCCUCCCCUUCGCAUCCGCAUACCUAACUGGUACGAUCGGCAUAUCCUCUCAGCGCAAAGAUCUAUUGAUAGCGCAGAUUUCUGUUGUACUUCUCGCAAUUGGAUGGUACAUCGUCGGGCUAGCACCUACAUUACCGUUCGCUAUUGUUGGAUUAGUGGUAUACACCCUCGGAUCAGGGUUUAGCGGGAGCGUGAGGAGUUUGGCUGCGAGUUUUGUGGAGCCACAUCACCAAGCGAGGUUGAACUCAUUUAUCGCAAUUAUGACGGCCAUAGGGAACUUUGUGGGGUCACCUCUUUUGGCGGGGUUAUACGGUUGGGGAGUUUCGACGGGGAAUCCCUUUUGGUUUGGUCUACCCUUCGUGGGGCUUGGAAGCGUUUUUGUAGUAGUGGGGUUUGCCCUAUGGUUUAGGUUGAAGUUACCUGAGGAAGGUGGGGCGGUUGUUGUAGAUGAGGAUGAAGAGGUACUUCUUCGCUCAUAG